ACAUCGUAAAAGAAGAUAAAGACGUCACUUCCAGGAUGCGACACAACGAUCCAGUUUUCUCUCUUUGAUCUGUAGCAGAAUUAAUCCCAGAUUCGGGACCCGGUCUGACAGCAGGGGGAGGAUUGUUUCUGUCUGUAAGAGCGGAAUGUGUGCUUGGUGUUGACGGGACUUCUUCCGUUGCCGUUAAAAUGAAGAAGAGGAACCUGGAGAAGAGGCGCCAUGUGGUGGCCUGGGUGAACAAAGCUGAGUGGGACCAGGUGCUGGAGUACCUGUACUCCACAGACCCCGGGCUCCAGAGAUUCGCCCUGCAGAGGAUCUCCGCCUGGAAGGCCCGCUACGCCAACAGCACCCCGGUGGCGGUGGAGUGCACCGCGGAGCUGGUUCGGUGUCAGGUGCUGGACCGGUCCAGACAGCUGGACGGAGACGACCUGGUCCUGCUGUACGGGGCGGCUCUUGUCCGGUUCGUGAACCUGAUCACGGAGAAGCAGCAGGGAAAGACCGCCCGGCCUCUGAGGACUAUCGCAGGUAACCUGAACAUCCCGGAGUGGGUGGUGGACCUGAGACACAACUUCACCCACCGAAAACUGCCCACCCUGAAGUGGUGCAGGAAGGGCUGUAAGGUGGUCCUGGACUGGCUCCAGCAGGAGUACUGGUCCAGGCAGCUUGGAGGGGGUGGCAGCGGGGACUGGGACUCUCAGUCAGAGGGAGAAGAUGAAGAGAUGGACCUGAAAAGACGAGAAGAUGAGCUGAUAGCCCGGCAGAAAGAGAUGGAGGAGUAUAAACACGCUCGGGAGCUCCUGAUCUCCUUUGAGAAGGAGCAGUUUCAGGCGUCAGAGGGGCUGCAGGGGGACCUGAUGGGGGGCUCAUGGCCCGCUCCUCUGGCUGACAUGAGCUGGAUCCUGGCUGAGAUCAAACAGUUUGCUCUGGAGUCCAGUGAGAUGCUGGUGGACGUGCUGUUAGAGGAUGGGUUUCUGGUCCCAACAGCAGAGCAGCUGGAGACUUUAGGCUGUGAACUCCCGGACGGCGCAGGUCUCACUGAACCCAGACUCCCUCAGACCUUCCUCAGGUUCUGGUUGCCCCUCCUGAAGAUGCUCAACUUCUCGUCCUUCAUCCACCUGCUGCUGGAAAAGCUCUUUGUGGAGCUGAAGGUGCUAGGCUCAGAGCAGAAUAACCACAGAGCUUUCUACAUCUCAGCCUGGAUCUCAGAGCUCAUCAUCUGCAACAGCAACAAGUUUGAGUUCCACUUCGAGACAAAGACACAGAAGAAAGCCCGGAUGAAGGACAGGAUUUUUGUAAACCGGAUCCAGCUGAGGUGGCAGCAGCUGCUCUCUGCGUGUCUGGAUGCUCCUUGCAGCAGCACACCUCACCUCCUGCGGCUGAUCCUGGAUGACAUGGAGCAUCCCCUUCCUUUGGAGACCAGACAGAAGCUACUGCAGCUCUGCUCCAUCUACACACAGACCGCUCCCUCAGAGUCUGAUCCGCCUCCUCCUCAGCAGCACAGACAGCCCAUCUACACUCUGGAGAGUCUGCAUGAGAAGCUGCAGCAUUCCAAACGUCUCAGCCGCUCCACAGAGAGGAGUGACUCCUCCCAGGAUCACAAGCUCUCAGAGGCUCAUGCUGAAAAGAUAAAGCAGCUCCGAGGUUCCCCCUGGCAGGUGUGUGUGGAUAAAGUCCCAUGGAAGAACUUUCCUCUGGGUAAAGUCCCGGGACAGUCAGAUGACCCCUCCUGUCUAAUGGUAGAGAAUCACUCCAUGAUGACCGUGUUUGACCAGCCGGUGGAGCUUGAGAGCAGCUCCACACACAGCAUGCCUGGAGUCUCUGCACCUACGAGGACAGCUGAAGGUCUUCUGUGGAGCCACAGCGAUGUGAACAAGCUGAAGUCUGGACUGCAGUUCUUUUGAGUGGAUUUAUAAAGCUGUGAAAUAAAAUCUUUCAGCUUUAGAGACUCUAAGACUUCUUCAAACAUAGACUGUAACACAGAAAAAUGUUUAUCUGUCUGUUAGGCUUUAAAAUGUGACAAUGUUUGUCAGGGAUGUCUCCAACUAAUUCAUCUGUCUCCAUCAAAAAAUAUUCUCUCAAAGUCCUGCAGGAACAUGACAUGUAGAAUAAAUGUGGAUUUAUUUUGAUGGUGUUUUAAACUGUGGGAAGAUGUUGUUUUCUUACAGGUGUCCUGUAAAUGAGUUUGAUUAUUUGUUCUCAGACUAUUUUGUAUCAGACGCCUUCAGUUGAAACAUCCUGUUACAGGAACAUUUUGGUGCGUUUGUGAAUAACACUCUCUUUUGUGCACUUACGUUCAAUUAAAACAUUUUCUACAGAAGAAA